AUGGAUCUGUUGGUUGGCCCUCUACUUGGUUGGAGGCUAGAAACCCGGUUUGAAGCAAAUGGAGACCGAUAUCAUCAGCAACCAUCGGGCUCUGACUGCUGGCGGGCUUUGGAAUAUCUAGGGAAAGGUUCUUUUGGCGAAGUCAAGCAGGAGGAGUGUCUUUCGGGACCCUCAAAGAAUGCUGUCCGCGCUGUGAAAUGUCUCAGCAAGCGUGAGUCAGAUCUUGCAGAAAUUUUCAGACGGGAGCUCAGUGCGCUGUUUACGUUCUCUAACUCCGAUACUCCUGAGGGAUAUGGCUGGUUUGAGGAUACAGAGCAUAUCUAUAUCACAAUGGAGUUCUUGGAACACGGUGAUCUUGGGAGAUACAUAAAGAAGCCGUUACCCGAGCGUGAUGCGGCAUUGAUCACGGCCCAGGUGGCCCAGGCUUUGCAGUACAUGCAUCGGGAGAAGUUCGUCCACCGGGAUAUCAAGCCUCAGGCAGGGUCGGAUUCUUAUUUAUCCUUGCUUCGCGAUACUAACAUGGUGCAGAAUAUUCUCGUUUCCUGUCUAGGCCCUGAGUGGCACGUCAAGGUAGCGGACUUUGGAAUUGCUAAAAACGUAAAUGGGACCAAUCUUGACACACUCGGGAUGGGCACUAUUGGAUACACGGCACCGGAACAACUGUGGGGCGAUUCAUCGAAUCCAUACACAUCAGCUGUCGACGUCUGGUCACUCGGGGCCGUAGCAUUUCGCAUGGUGACUGGCUUGCCCCCAUUCCCCACUAUCCCGCACUUAAUGAAGUAUGCCCGUGAUCACAAAACACAUUUUCCUAUCCGACUGCUAGGUGCAUCGAGCGGGUUCUGCAUGAACUUUGCGCUGGGAACCAUGGCCGAGGCUCCUGAACGACGGCUCACUAUCGAGGAAGUCUUGGCACACGACUGGCUUUCUAUGCAGCUGGAUGUCUCCCAGAGAGAAAAACUGGGUAUGGACGCAGCAGAUACUCAGACGAACUUGAGCACAUUGCCGUCUAAUGCCUGGUUGAACACACAUAGCAGUCACCAGCCGCAACCUCGUCCACCUAGCACGCCGAAUCUUACAGCGAUAUAUGGCAAGCAGAAGAGGCACAGAGAAACCGAGAAGACUGGACAAAAAGGGGCAGAUUUAGGACAAAAAGCGGUUGAUUACCACAAUCGCGGCUGGCUGGCGUCGGGGUCAGACGAAGGAAUAGUCAAAAUCUGGGACCCAGCAAAGGGGGAGUGUAUAUGGACGCUCGAAGGCCAUGGCGAUAGGAUCACAUCUGUGGCCUGGUCGCACGAUGGCCGGCUGGCGUCAGCAUCACGCGACGAGACAAUUAAGAUCUGGGAUUCAGCAACGGGAAAGUGUAUAUGGACGCUCAAAGGUCACCACAAUACCGUUUUUACUGUGGCCUGGUCGCACGAUAGCAGCAAUCUAGCAUCAGGGUCAGACGAGGGAACAGUCAAGAUCUGGGACUCAGCAACGGGAAAGUGUAUAUCGACGCUCAAAGGCCACGACGAUACAAUUUUAACCGUGGGGUGGUCGAAAGAUAACACUAAGCUAGCGUCAGGGUCAGCCAACGAUACCGUCAAGAUCUGGCAUCUAGCAACAGGCAAGUGUAUAUCAACACUCAAAGGCGACUGUGGCCAGGUCUGGUCCAUGGCCUGGGGGCAUAAGGGCCGGCUAGCGUCAGUGUCAAAAGACGACACGGUUAAGAUCUGGAAUCCAUCAACAGGCCAGAGAUUAUCGAUGCUCAAAGGUCAUGGUGAUCGGAUCACAUCUGUGGCCUGGUCGCACGAUGGCAGCCGGCUAGCGUCAGCAUCACUCGACGAGACAAUUAAGAUCUGGGAUCCAACAACGGGUGAGUGUAUAUCGACGCUUAAAGGCGGCUAUGGCUUAUGUCAGUGGGUCUGGUCUGUGGCCUGGUCACACGAUGACAGCCGGCUGGCGUUAGGGUCAGCUUGGAACGCAGUUGGAAUCUGGGAUCUAGCAGCGGACAAGCCAAUAUUACAGACACUCGGAUUGCACCAAGAUACCGUCAAGUCCCUAGCCUGGUCGCACAAACAGCCAGCUAUAGGCUAG